UGAUCAAUUAUUGUGGAAGGUGUUUUGGAAACUAAAGUUUGCAAUUGUGACAGAACCAGAAAUUUGAAAUUUCAACGAUUCUUUAGCAUGCUGUUUCUUCUGUAGUUCUGACUUUGAGGAAACACCAACUUUUGUUUUUAUCAUCUAAUUUAUUUAUAUUGUUUAGUUUGAGAUUAGAAGUUAUAGGUUAGGUUAGGUAGUAUGAUGUAAAAAGCGUGGAUUUAUGAAAGUAAUUUAUCCUGUUAACUUAAUGAGAAAAUGUGAAAAUGGCUGAUAUAUUUACGUUAUCUGAUGCACGAAGUAUGCUUAAAAAGAAACGCGUUUUAUUUUUAGGUGAUUCGAAUAUCAGAGCCAUUUACAAAGACCUAGUCUGUUUGAUUAAAUCAAAUUCAUUCUUACGAUCUUGUGACCUCAAAUCUAAGUUGGAGCCAUCAUUUAAGGGGGACAAACUGUUGGAAGGCAGCUCGCUCACCCGCGGAAGGAGUUUCCAAGAACACAGACAGUUUAAGUUUAUCAUACUUCUGAUAUUCCCGGUUAAUCCCAGGCCCUGCUAAGCCUGGAAACUUCCAGAUUGAAAAUGUGAGCUUGGAGUUUUAUUUCCUCACUCGUUCGUACAGUAAGACUGUCGAGGAUGUAGUUACAGCCAUAAAAGAAGGGAAAGACUCACCAGCUGAUGUGAUUGUCAUGAAUUCAUGUUUGUGGGAUCUAUCAAGAUGGGGUCCAAAUGGUGUAUGUGCGUAUAAAGAUAAUCUCUUGAAAUUGAUGAAGUUUUUAAACCAGAACUUGCCACAAGAAACACUCUUUAUUUGGACAACUGCAUUGCCCAUUUCUCAAAAUUGUUAUGGUGGUUUCCUUAUAAAACAGGUGGAGUUCCUUAAACAUACGCUACGGUUCGAGGUAAUGGAAGCCAACAUGUAUGCGAGGGAUGUUGUGGCAAAUCAUGGGUAUGAUGUUCUAGAUCUGCAUUACUACUUCACCAUGCAGAUUUUCAGGCGAGCCAAAGACGGCAUACACUGGCUACCAGAGGCAGUUCGGUUCAUGACAAACUUGGUUCUUACACACACUGCUCUGUCUUGGCAUCACCCAUUGCCAGGCAAUGUGGUCAACUCUCUGCUCGACGAAGCACUCCGCUUGGAUAACGAAGAGAUGUCAGACAUCCAAUUGCCAGAGCUGCCACCAGCUCUUGACGCAUUUAGCAAGACCAGUAAAGAACCAGACGGGGUAGUGUCUGGGAGAAAGUCGCAAGUUCAUGUUGCGACGAGACCAGCUGUUGGGAUGCAAAAGAAGCCGGCCCGUAAAAGAAAAGCUUCGAAUCGACCGAACAUGAAGCGGCAGCAGUGUCAGGCACUGCUUGUGGAUCCUUGGAUUAACGCCUCGCACACCCCUCACCCCUUUGGUGAUCCGGCCGCCGCUGCUGACUUGAUGCUGUUCGACCAGCAGGUGCAUGAUUUCUUCACCCACCAGAGGAUGCCACAUCACGUCAGUCAAAUGGGGCGGCCUGCGGAGAGCUACACGUCGUCGGAGCUGGAGCAAUUUGAGUGGGAGCACUAUUGAGUGCCUGCAAUGUUCAAGAUGAUACUUGUUGGGUGUUUUGCUUUUCCUGGCAUCUGUUUUUUUCCCUCUGUUUUUAUAGUUAUUUAUCUUUAACUCAACAAUCGUUGUUAUUCUUAUUUCUCUGUGCUGUAAUGUCCUAAAUAUUAUUAAACAAAUUAUUUAUAAAA